AUGCCACCUCGCGGCUGUCCCACUCUCGUCGUUCUCUCCCUUGCAAGGCCCAGCUUGACCCGCUCGCUCGGCUUGUCCAAGUGCACUGCGGGCCACACCGUGCGCCGCAUCCCCGUGGUCACUGCAACGCCGGAGAACUUUGCGCCCUUCGGCACGCUUCUCGGCGACACUUCCACCUCGUCCACUUCUACACACUACCAGGCAGUCAGGGUGGUCAACCCCUCGACCAACUUCGCAUCCGAUGAAGACACGUGA